AUUUAACCAAAACAAUCUACAGUACUUAUUUUUGGUACACAAUAAAUGCUUCUUUUCAAAAAUCAACCUUUUUUUUUAAUUUCCAUAUAAGAAAACAGAGAGAGAUAAUAAAAAAAAGCUUGAAACUUUGACAAAUUAACAAUCUGAGAUUGUAAUUGAGCGGGACCAGUAGUAUCGAACGACCCAGAAAAGAGAUUUGAUUCCUUUCCUCAUCUUUGUUCCUCAGGUUUACUCCUUUGACCCCAAUUCUAGGUUUUCGAAUUUGGGUAACGAAAAAGUUUUCAUCUUUCCGAUUCUUUGUGACUCAUAUAUAAGUUUCUGAUUCUGGGUUUUGUUCUCUGUUUCCAAUUAGCUCUGUUUGACCCAUUUAUCAUAUCAAAGGAAGAAACUUUAAAAUGACAACCGAUUCUGAUGAUGGUUUCGUUUCUUCAAGACAACUCCUUUUGCUUGCUUCGAUUUGUUCUGGUGCUCUCAUGUGCAAAAUCGUUUAUGACUUGACUCGUUUCAUAAGUCCAUUGCUCUUCAGUGUUUAUGGAAAACUUGACAGCAAAGUUAGAAUGGAAUGGAACAAUAGGGGAUUCUCAACUUUUCAUGCUGUGUUUACUUCUGUGGCUUCAAUUUACUUCUUGGUGAUAUCUGAUCAAUUUGAUGAGAAUGUUCAUGGUGAUUCAGUCAUUAAUAGUACAACGAGGUUAUCGGAAUCUGUAAUGGGGAUCUCCUUAGGCUAUUUUCUAGCAGACUUAGCAAUGAUCUUUUGGUAUUUUCCUACUCUUGGUGGUAUUGAAUAUGUUUUUCAUCACUUCUUAUCGAUGUUUGCCAUCAUUCUUUCUGUCACAAGUGGGCAAAGUCAGUUCUACAUCUUCUUAGUUCUCUUAUCAGAGGCUACAACCCCGUUUGUUAAUCUACGGUGGUACUUGGAUAAUAGUGGUCAAAAAGGCUCAAAGGCUUACACGCUCAACGGAAUUGCUUUGUUCUUGGGGUGGCUGGUUGCGAGGGUCCUUUUGUUUAUCUUCUUCUUUGUUCACAUGUACCUCCAUUUCCAUCAGGUGAAGCAAGUGUUUCCACUGGGAUUUUACAGCCUUCUUACGAUACCACCGGCUCUAGCAGUGAUGAAUCUCCUUUGGUUCUGGAAAAUCACCAAAGGAUUGAUCAAAACACUCUCCAAGGCGAAAACAUCGGGGAUGAAGAAACAGUGAUGGUUACCCUGAAAAAGAUUUUUCAACUGCAUUCACUUUGAUGUGUCCAUGAAAAAUUGAUUGAUAUUCAUGUUGUGGUUGUCUUGGAUGCCCUUUUGGGUUUUAUGAACAAAGAGUGUGCAAGCUAAUGGGGAUUGUAUAUUCAAACUUUUCAGCUGUUUCUUAGGUAUUCAGUUUGUAUAGUUAGAACCAGAAUCAUUGUUUCACGCCACUAAAACUUUCAUGAUGUUACUGUUACCAGUCGCAGAAUGUUUUAGGCCGGUUUAGUUCACUUUUCUUUUUCCUAACAAUGUUUUACAAUUUAGGGAUCAACCCUAACAUAUAUAAGAUUACUCACUGAUCAUGUAUAAAC